AUGAGCGUCUCGCGUGUAUAUGCAGAUGUCAUCAGCGACAUGCCGGAGGGGUAUGCCAAUUAUGAUUCGCUGACGAUCUCUUGGCAAUCUCCUGAGAGAUAUCAGAUCAUUCGGAAGGUGGGGAGAGGAAAGUACAGCGAGGUUUUCAAAGCUAUCGACAUGAAGACCGGUGAGCCUGUUAGCAUCAAAUACCUCAAGCCUGUUCGCAAGAAGAAGAUCCGAAGAGAAGUCAAGAUUAUGCAGCAGUUGAGUGAUGGACCCUACAUUAUUCCACUACUGGGCAUGGUGAUGAAUCCCGAGACAAAUGCUCCGAGUAUUGUUACGAAGUGGGUGGAGACAAAGGAUUUCCGCGAGUUUUAUCCGCAGCUUUCGGAUCAUGAUCUUCGAUACUAUUUCUACAAAAUUCUCGUCGGCCUUGACUAUGCUCACAGCCAUGGCAUCAUGCACCGCGACAUCAAACCGCAGAACGUGUUAAUCGACUGCAUCACGAAGGAAGUUUACAUCAUCGACUGGGGCCUCGCCGAUUAUUACAUGCCUCAUGAGCGAUACAACGUCCGUGUCAGUACACGCCACUACAAAGGACCCGAACUUCUCACCAACGACACAGAAUACGACUAUUCUCUGGAUAUCUGGUCUCUGUCGUGCAUGCUUCUCGGCAUCGUGUUCAACCGCACUCCCUUUUUCCGCGGGAAAGACAACUACGAUCAGCUGCGUCGCAUCGCGGAAGUGAUGGGCAGCGAAGACCUCGAUCGGUACAUCGCCAAGUACCAGCUUCGCCUCGAUCGCGAGACUCUGCAGAUCUUGGGUCGCUACGAAAAGCGAUCCUGGCGCGAAUUUGAGAACGAGACGACGCGGAAAUUCAUCAGCGAAGAGCUGUACGACUAUCUGGACAAGACGCUGGUGUAUGAUCAUGCGGAACGGCUGACGGCGAAGGAAGCGAUGGCGCAUCGGUAUUUCGAUCCGGUGCGCGAGGAAGUGGAGAAGGAAUUGGAGGAACGGAGGAAGCGAGUAGGCGAGGGAAGAAGGAGAGUGAGGGAUAGAAGGAAGAGGAGAAAGAGAAGAAGAAAGAGAAGGGGAAGGAGACUGAAGAGGAGGAAGAGGAGGAGGAGGAAGAGGAGGUUAAUCGGGUUGAUGUGGGAGUUUUCUUGGAUGUUUGUUGAAAAAGACCGAAGGAUGGGGAGUGUAGAGAGCAAUUGA